UUUUUAUUUCAACAAUUUAUUUUUUCUAAACAAAUGAAUUGCGAAAGUUUAAGUUAUUAGAAUAUUCUAAAAUUCUCGUUAUAUUCUUGAGAAUAUUUUAUAAAUUCCCAAGAAUUUUAUAACUAAAUCCACGAACGAAAUCUAAACAAGGAGGUGAGAAAAAUGGUAAAGAAAUGCGAAGUUAUAUCCUGUCAAUCGACACAAGGACCUUUUUUUAAAUUUCCCCAUCCCUACAAGGACGCAGAACGAUGUACAGAGUGGAUUAGAGCAAGUGGUAACUCAGCUCUUUUGAAAAUAGAGGAAAAAAUUUGCAAUAAAGUAAUUUGCAUAUUACAUUUUGAUAUAAGUGUGAGGUUUUGUAAAAAAUUGUUGAGAUCAGCAAUACCUACAAAGGAAUUACCAGCUAUGGAAAGUGAAAUGAAAACGUCUCUUGAAAUUGAUGACAAAAAGUCAAUUGUCGAUAAAAUUGUUUCAAAUACAAAAAAUGAAUCCAGUGCAGAACCUUCUGCUUGUAAAUCCUGUUCAAAUGAACUAACAAAAGAGGAACUGAUAUCAAUGAUUGUAAGAUGCACUAAUUUUGCAGCUCUUAAACACAGUAAACAAAGAAGAAAAAAUAUCGAACAAACUCCAUACAUUAAUCAUCCUAUUGGAGUGGCGAAUAUUUUAAUCGAGGAGGGUAAUUGUUACGAUGCAGUUGUGAUUCUCGCGGCAUUAUUACAUGACACAGUCGAAGACACAGACACAACUUUUGAUGAAAUAGAACAAGAAUUUGGCAAAGAUGUUCGCAAUGUUGUGGCUGAAGUAACAGAUGAUAAAACUUUAUCCAAACUAGAGCGAAAAUCAAUGCAAAUUAAAAAAGCACCAAACUCCACUAAUCGAGCAAAAUUAGUGAAAUUAGCCGAUAAAUUGUACAAUUUACGUGAUUUGAGAAAAGAAACUCCAAUUGGUUGGACAUCAGAAAGAGUCAAUGACUAUUUCAAGUGGGCGAAAGCUGUAAUAAAUGGAUGUCGUGGAACAAAUAAGAAUUUAGAAACCUUAUUGGACGCAAUUUUUUCUCAGCAUUCAAAUAAUAUUUCUAAAUAAUAUAUUUAGAAAAAUGAUAAGUUCUUUUUAAAUAUUAUUUAAAACAAGUGAUAUAUUCGUUGAUUAUAAAGAUCCGUACAAAAUAAAAUAAACAUAUUUUCAUAUAUCUAAAUUUUUGAUUUUCGUAAAAAAAAAUGUAUGUACAAUAAUCCUUAUAAUGGGAAAGAAACCCAUUUCAAAUUAAAUACUUUAAAUAACAAAGUAUUCUCUUCAGA